AUGGGAUCCUAUCCUAGUUAUUGUUGCUGCCCUUAAUCUUAUUCUAAUAAGGAAUAACAAAAUAAAAUAAGUAAUGAUGAAUUACAAUUGAACUAAUUUAAAAAACCAUUUUUUAAUUAAGUUGUAUAAAUCAAUCCAGAAGAUGAUUCUCCAUUACUUUAAAUUAUUGCAACAUAUGAAUAGUUAAUUAAGAAAAAAUCAAUAAGUACAAGUUAUAAUUGCUCAUCAAAUAAAAGAAGUCGCUCAAUAUCUGUUGAUAAUAAAAAUUAAAUACAUUAAGAAUCUCUUGUCAAUACAAAACACUGGAAAAGAAAAAAAAUGGCAUAUUAAAGAUCUUUAAGUGCUUCAUAAUUUAUUAAUAGUAUAUCUAAAUAAGGCACUGCAUAUAAGCCAAGUAGUAUAUUGAAAAAAAGAUCAAAUACUCAAGAAUCUCAAUUCUAGAAAAAAUCAAAAAAUAAAGUUUCUUUUCUACCCUUUAUUUUAUAAUGUAAUACUAGUAAAAUGAUUGAUUAUUUUUGA